AUGGAUCUUCCGUCAGCAAGCUUCUCUUUUUUCCUCCCGUCUGUUUACGAUGGCAACAAGCUCGAAUGCCGCAUUUAUCUCCCGCCCGCGCUCCAAAAUAUACAAUCAGCAACAACCUGGUUCAACCGCGGUGCCAUUGUUGCGCAUCCAUAUGCAACUCUAGGAGGAUGCUACGAUGAUCCAGUCGUGAGUUUCAUCGGUAGUGAGCUUCUACAAGCCGGGUGCAUCGUGGGGACCUUCAACUUUCGGGGAGCUGGUGAUUCUGAAGGAAGAACAAGCUGGACUUCAAAGCCUGAGCUUGGUGAUUACGUGUCGUUCUACGGAUUCAUGUUGCAAUAUCUGCACUUCCUCAAGCUCGCAUUGGCCCCGAGGGGGGAAGUAGACUCUUUAAGGACCCCCAAAAGCACAGAAGAAGUUGAGAAUAAGUCAGAUAUCCAUGUGAUUCUUGGUGGCUAUUCAUAUGGAUCUUUGAUUGCCUCACAUGUACCGACUCUGGAUACUAUGCUCGACCUUUUCCAAUCCGCGUCAACGACAAUCUCUACGAACAAAGCAACGCCCAUACAAGAGAUUAAGAGCACAGCAAAACGAAUAGCCGCAUUGUCCCUGGAGCAACUUCAAAUGAGUCACAGUCUGACCGAUUCCCCAGACCUCCGUGCAUUGACGACAUCCAUCUCCUAUCUGCUCGUGUCUCCGCUAUUGCCCCCAAUUAGCCAGUUACUGACUGUAUUCUCGACCUUAUCGCUGAAUUUGAAAACGGAGACGCCUAAAGGUUCUCACAUCCCCUGCCCGCGUCCAGCAGACCAACAGAGCACGCAUCGCACCCUUGCACUGUUUGGGGACCAGGAUACCUUUACCUCCGUUGGGAAAUUGGAGAGGUGGUCAGGCGAUAUGGUGCACAUGCCAUGCAGUCAGUUCCAAUUUCGGAUGAUCGAUGGGGCAGGCCACUUCUGGCGCGAGAAUGGGGUCGAGGUGCGGGCAAGACAUGCACUUAAGGAGUGGCUCCGUGAAAUAUGA